CCGCGAUUAUUUAAAUUAAAUUUCUGUUAAGCGGAGCGGUGCAUCGAUGGAAAAGGGGUCAUCACUGCAACAACAGCGGAGCGUUGUAAGUCCGUGUUUUGUCGUCCACUGAUUUGCAUUUUCAUUUGAUAGCUAAUCUAUUGAUUAAUUAAAAUGGAACGUAUUUAUGAUCUCGUAGCCCGAGGUCGCGUUUCUUUCAUUCAGCUCUUCCUGUGUUUGUAACGUUGUAAAAUGCUCUUGCAGUCCGCCGAUCGAGAUGGGCUGCGGAGUACAGCAGACCGGGAGAUCAGGCGGGAAUCUUCAUCUCCGCACACUUUCAAGCAGCACCGUUCAUCCUUGUCAAGCGGAUCCGUGGAAAGCCGGAUGGCGGAGCUUGAUGAUAUUCAACGGUCGAUGGAAGUGGAGGAAACGGAGGAAGAAGGUUUUGAGGAGGACAGAUUCAAGAGAGAGCACUACGACACUGAUUCGGACAGUGUUUCCAGUGGGCGCGAGGGAGCUUCGUAUACGCAACACUCGGCUCGCGUGCAGAGCCAACAACCCCCUUCACCAGUGGAACAGGCUUACAUCAACAACAAUGUCAGCGGGAUAGACAACAGAAUUCCUGCUCACGAAUGGACUUUUGAAGAACAAUUCAAGCAGGUAAGUCCAGAUGUCGUACCAAAUCUUAAAUUAUAUGAUUUUCUAAAUCAGAUCAAGAAAGAAAAGCAAUCGGUUUCGGGUUUGGGUACCGUCUUGAGGACCGUCAUUAAUCAACUUGCUUCGCACAUACAAAGUGACGCGGCUCGAGCGAAUAUUAAUAAUUAUUGUUCCAAACAAAUUCAGCUUUCAUGGUUUAAUCGAUUUAUUCAUUUUCGCAUUCUAUUGAACUGAAUUCGUUUUUCUAGUAUCGCAUGACUUUCGAAUAAAGCAUCUUUCCAGUUCUUUGUUGCUCGACUUUAAUCUCUCAAUUUCAAAUCGCUCUUUAAUUUAAACGAGUUAUGAGUAGCGGUGCAUAUUUUGCCGGCGAAUUUGACACGGCGAUUUUAUUUCAUUGUCACAUUUUGACAUCGAUCGUUUCAAUUUUCUGUGUUUACAAGGCCGCUCCCGAGGGCGAUCUUUCCUGCUCCAGGCGACCAAAAUAAAUUCAGAGCUCAAAAUAAAUUGUAGUGAAGACUGCAGGAUUACACGGGUGUGUAGAAGUUAUGAUACUGGCCACGAUAAAACGGUGAUUUGGGAGUUUGACGCGCGAAUAUCGGGUUUAUUGAAUUAGUGGGUCAUAGAAUGUGUAGUUUUAAUUAACCUAUGAUACAAAUUUGCAUACCAGGCUUAUCACCUGGGUGAAAUGAAAUAUUGUAUUUGUCCUGAGAAAUUGAAACGAUGGGGAUAUUCACUGCAAACAGGAAAACUUGAUAAUUAAACCGCAAGUUUUUUUUUACCGGACUAACAGUCGAUGACAUUUCUAUUUUCAUGGCUUGUGGCUAUAGGUUAAGCAACAACUUGCUAUUAUCUAUAGCCUACAAAGAUACAUUUGAGCUACAAAACAAUACUGCCUUCAAUUAAUAUUUAAUAAUAGACUAGAGUUAAUAUAGGCCCUUGGCAAUUGGGAACAUAGAUUACAGCUCUUUUUGGGUGGCAGGUUGAUAUACUACCACCUGUCAUUCAUGCAGCCUGUCAUUUUAUGCCUUAAUGGAUUUUUAUACGUUCUUAUUGGCUGCUUCAUCACUGGAUAGAUAUCUACUAGUUUUGAAAUCAACUACAAAUUCUCUCCUUUGAUUAUCAAAGUUAGAAAAAGGAGAGAAGUCAAUGUACUGUUGUGGCUUGGUUUGUAUGAUCAUCCAUCCAACUUAAAACUGCUCAAUAGCAGAGAAUAAUUUUCCACCACUUGAAUCAAUACUAAUUUAUCUGGCCUUGCAUUUCCUUUUCCGUUUUUUGUCAAAGACUAAUACAUUAUACCUCAAUACGCCUCAACAUUCUUUUUUUGUAAUUAAAACUUUGAAGUUUCAUAGACAACAAAGAAAGAUUUAAUGAAGUUAUUAUUCUUGCUGUUUAUUCGUUGCAAGAAUUUAGUAUCCCGUGAUACUUGAGCUACUGCUAUAUUCCUGCAUUAUUUUCAUUUCUACAUAAUCAUUGACCUGGCUUAAUAAGCUUUAAUCUUCUUAGACGUUUGUAACAGGUUCACUGUAUUAAUUUUGUAAUGUUCACUGUCAUGUGCACAUUUCUCACAUAAACGUUAAAGUUGUAAGAAAAUUUCAAAGUAAGUUGCUUGACUUGUUGGUCUCUUGACCGACUCAAGUCCUUGUUCAGUGGUUCAGGUUGUAUUAUUUUUUUACCAAGUUUUUAAUACAGUCUUUGUGUCAUUUGAUAUUUUGUUUGGCUUACAUCUUAUUCCAGUGUCUCAUUAAUUUAUCAAGCAUGAAAUGAGUGCAAUACACAGAGAAACCUGUUUUUUAACAAUUAAAAACUUGCCUUCCACUAACAGUUAUGUUCGCUUUGGCCUGGGUUUAUAAUCAAAUUGGGUGUAAAAAAAGAAUAUCAGCAGUUACUAGAAAUUAUAUGGCUUUUUAGUGUAAUGAUUAUUAAAUUGGCCAUUCCUGUUGAAGGAUAAUAUUCGCCACUACAGUGUAUGAACAUAGCUUGGGAAACACAAUAAGAUCUAUAUCACUGGCUGAAGUAGUAAAUUAAGAAUAUUGUGUUUAAAUGUCCACAAAAUCAGAAAACUGUAUUGUUUUUGUGCUGUGGCUGCCAGAAAUAACUAAGGUAGCACUUAAGUGCAUUGAACCAAUUUUUUAUCCCUUAAAAUACUGAAUUCCAGUAUAGAUUAACUGCGACAGCAUCACAUUUAAGUAAUAAAUUGUUUUAAGUGUGAGCUAUGCAGUAAUCCCUCAAGGCGUUUAUAAUACUGGCAAGUAUUUACGAUAAAGUACCAUUUAAUUUGGGUCAGAACAAGAGUAAAACUGGACUAGUCAGCAACUAAAAAUGAAAGUUAUUUUAUGGGAUUGUUUAGUUGUAAUGCAAUAUCAAGUUAAGAAUGCUAAGAACUUCAAUAGCAUGUUAAAAAUAGCCUCAAAUUUGUACAAAGUAUUAAUUUUACAGUGUUAUUGUCUGGAUGAUGUUUUUAAUCAAUUAUGUCCCAGUGAUUAUCUUUUGACUUCCAUUGUUACAAUGCCUGAAUAUAAAAGACCUGUCUAAGCUAGAUGAGAUUAACAGUACACUAAAAACCAAUUUUGAAUAUUUCCAUGAUCACUUGUGUGAUUUCUGAAAACAAUACCAAGGUCAACGAUUGAUAUGGAAUUUCUAUGUAAAGAAUUCAAGGCUGCUCUAUUGCAGCAAAUUUGUUUUGGUAAUCACAGUAAACCCAGGUCAGUUGAAGAGUCUGUGUUGUCAUAGCAGCAUGUGUAACACUGUUUUGAAGUGGACACAAAGGAACAUACCAUAACAAGCAAGUAAUAAAAAAGUCAACUUUUAUUAACGAUUUACGUGUAAACUGUUUAUCAACUAUUUUGAAAUAUUAAUCUCACUGCAGUUGUUUGCAACUUUUCGGUAGGCCUAAACAAAAGGAGAACUAUCAUAAUUACCAGUAUUAUUAUUAUUAUUAUUAAUAUUAUUAUUAUUACUAUUAUUACUAUUUUAAAAAUGAAUUCACAUAAAUACAGAAUUCAUUGCUUAUGCUGUGCUGCUGGAAUUUUUCAAGCCUGUAAAAACAGUGUGAUGUGACAGCUACUUGGGUCAUCAUAUUUAUGUCUUUUUUAUGUUGAAAGGAAGCCAAAUAGAUCCAAUUAACACUCACAUAUGCCCUUGCAGAACAAAAUGGUAUGACACCGUAGUAAAUGAGAGAAAAAUCAAAGCCUAAGACUGGAUGUAUUUGACAUGCAAGUCAGCAACAUUGUAAAGAACCUUCAAUAUUUUUUUUUGGGAAUGUGACAAUGCUGCAGUUCUCAUGAUAUUAGAUAGUGUUCACUCAUGUGUGGUCAACUGUAAGACAUUGCUCUGUUUCAGUGUGUACCCUGUGUAAUUGAUCAUUUCAACAAAAAUCCUGUUUGUUUUGUUUUUAUACAAUCAAACGUGACUAUACCUGUGUGAUUAAGUGCAUAAUGACAUGCAAGCAUGAGGAAGAAUUUUACUGCAUGUGUUUCAUAUUCAAGGGAAUUAGUGGAUCUCAUUAACCUUUCAAGUAGAAGGGCAGAACAACUUGGGCAGCUAAAGAUAGGCGGUCAAAUAUUUGUUUUUGGAAAGAGAGUUGAAGAGAACAUGAAAACAGCCAAAAAAUCGUGCCCUUAGCCUGCUGACUUAAAUUAACGCUAAUAUAAUGAUGCCCUUGAAGUAAUAUACCAAAAUCAAGAAAGAGCAUUUUAUUUAAUUUCAAGAUAUCGAGUAGUGGGUUACAAAACAAGGUUCUGUUACAGUUGUUUUAAACCAUUUUGUCUUAAUGUUGGAAGAAAACUGGCAAAAUACUCUUUUGAGUGCUUGAAUAAACCCAUAAACAAGCAUAUGGUGUAAAUAGCGGAUAAUAAUAAUGUCUUUUAUCCACCUUUGGCAGUAUUUAUAACAUGAAGGAUAAAAGGACUGGGCAAGUAACUGAAGCAUGUAACUUAACUUUAACAUAUUACAGUCAACUCCCUAUAGCAGACACUGUAGGGACCUCAACCUAGCAUACUCAUUAGGAAGAGUCUGUGUUGGGGGGAGUUUAUUUCAGUCAAACUUCUGUAUUUUAUUUUUUUGGCCUUCGGAAUUAGCUGCUCAGGUUGGUAUUAUCAGGGUGUCUACUAUAGUGAGGUGUCCACAAGGCGAGACUUGACUGUACAGGGGAUAAACAUUCCAACUGGCUGAGGAUUUGAACUCCAAUAUACUGAGAGACCAAUAAAUUUAUUCAACUAGCAGUCAGAGCAGGUCACUGCUUACAGGGCUCGAAGUUAUCUUUUUAGUGCACCUGCAAAAUUUUGCUAGUAAGAUAUUUUUCGACUAGCAAACUGGUGACACCACAAGCAAUUUAUUUCCCUUUGUUUGGGAGACAUGGAUAAUUCUAACUCGCAAUCGUUUGCUAGUGGAUAUUUUUCUUACUCGCAGAUUAUCAAAAUCACUCGCAUUUUGCGAGUUUACAAGCGUUAAUUUCGAGCCCUGGCUUAGCCAUGCUGCCCCAAACACAGCCAAAGGCAUGUUCAUUUUAAAGUGACUUACUAGUAUUCAGCAAGCAAACAAAGUCAUGCCUGAAGCCCAAGCUGUAAAACUGAUUUUCUUUGCUUCUUGAGUUUUGGUCAUUAAAUUUAAAAUCUGCUGAAAAUCUGCACAAUUCAAACAGCCUAACUGGGUUUAAUUAGGCAUUGUGGCCUUCUGUCUGUUAUGCAGUACUAUACUACGGGGACAGUAUUGAAUAAUUAUUAUAUAAACGUGCAUAUAAUAGCAGUUUUGACUCCUAGCACCAUUGUUCAUUCAGCAAAGCAUAAUUUUUGUUUUAAACUGACCUGAGUCUUGAAUAAGGUGGAUAUUUCACAGUGGACAGGGCACUCUCUUGGCAAAACCCAAGGCAUGACCUUUGUUCACAGACUCAAAGUAUGAACUGCAAUCGCAUUGUCUUUUUUAUUGACUUUAUAUAGAAAGAGAUUAAUGCAAUAAGAGAUAUAAAAAGUAAGCCAGCUUACUCUGAGGACAAGAAUUUGCUUUAGUUUACUAUACUAGAAUAGUGCAGUGUCCAAUUGCAGCACUUCUGUAUGACUUAUAAGUUCAAACAUAACUGCUGAUGUGUUUGGGCAGAAUGUGUUGCACCAUGGAAUAAUGAUAUUACCGUUACAUUGUUGUAAGCAAAGAAUUGCAGCACAUUGGUUUGCCAAAAGAGAAGAUUGAGUGGGAAACUUAGAAGUGAUUGAGCCAUAGCAACAAAAUAAUAGCAACUAUUGUUACAGUGUAUGAGUGACAUCAAUUGUUCUGACAGGUCUAUAUGGCUUCUUUUGCAGUUGUAUGAGUUAGGCAGUGAACCAGAACGGAAGGAAUUUCUUGAUGAUUUGUUUACUUUUAUGCAGAAAAGAGGUGAGUGAGUAAACGUGUUUUGAUGAUUUCAUUUAAAAAGUGCUUAAAAAUUGUUUGCGGUCGGUCUUUCAAUGCCUGUUAAUGAUACAAAAUAACACACAGGCUUGCAACUUGGGAACAUAACAUACAUGGUGUCAUACAGCAUUAAAAUAAUUACUUUUAACAAGCUGUGCAGUGCCAAAAAUGACAUAUCUGUUAUUUAUUCUCUUGAAAAUAAUGUGAAACAGCCAGGUAUCUGAAAACUUUCCAGUUACAUCAAUCUUAUUCUGAUGUGGGUUUUUCUGGAAUAAAGGUGAUUGAUAUUUUUACUGGCCGUCCUGCUUACAGUGUCCAAAACUUUAGCCCUGCCCCUUCCUCCCCCCAAAAUGGUUCUUGUUUACCUCACUCAUGCCACGUGAAUUCAAACUUUUUGGCUUGAGCUCACGUUGUUUGUAUGUCCAUUUCAGACUACAUGUAUGUGACGUUCUACUGAAGGAAAUUUCCUUUCUUCAUUUGCAAAAUGUGCAUUUGAAUACUCAUGAAUAGGGUGAAAUUUGCAAAAACCAGAUCAGUCCAAGUUCUGAAAUAAGCUUUCUAAAUAAACAAAUAACCCAAGCUAAACUCCCCUUAACUGUCUAUUCCAUUUCGCUUUAUCUUUAAACUUUUUUACAAAGUUUGACUUUAGACUGUCCUUUUGAAAUUUCAACCGACCUUUCACAGAAUUGACAGAAUUACUUGCCAGGAAUGUUUCCUGAAAUCACAAAUUGUUCUCUCAACUGAUUGUCGAAUGAAAAUGUAAGCAAAACACUAAUUUACUCACCUGAAAUGGUUUCUCAGACCUGUAGUCUGCUUUAGUAGUCUUUUAGUAACAUCGUUAAGGCAAUUCUCCAGGCUAAAUGUUUCGUAACACUCGUAAAACGACGCAAACACUCUCUCCAUUUGAGUAACUAAAUUCAAAAUGGUCGCUAUCGUUCUUUCAUCGAAUUUCGCGCCCUUCUUGAGCAUCCCGCCGCGAGAGCCUCAGCACCUGAUUGGUUGAUUUCUGUUAUUAAAAUCACGUGGAUUGUCUAUGAUUUUUCUAUUUUUUCGUCCCGAAAGUUGACGCAAUUGUUAAAUUUUUGACGCUCUUUCUUUGAUGUAUUUUUUAAGGUACACCAGUUAAUAGAGUGCCCAUCAUGGCAAAACAGACUUUGGAUUUGUUUAAACUGUUCAGACUGGUAGUUGAAAAAGGAGGACUUGUUGAAGUAAGUUGUUAUGAGUGUAGUCUUUGUAUAAUAGUCUUCUCUAGCCUGCCCAUUUCACAGUUAACAACUCACUAGUCAUUUUAAACGCCAUGGUCGUAAAUAACAGAAAUAAAGCUUGAUGGUCGUCCUUCAUAAUUUCAGGUUAUCAACAAGAAGAUUUGGCGAGAGAUUAUCAAAGGCCUAAGUCUCCCAGCUUCUGUAACAAGUGCUGCCUUUACUCUUCGCACUCAGUGAGUAUGAGGGUGUAGUAUGUAUCUUUUCUCGAAACCGUCGGAGAAUUUCUUCGACAACUUUAUAAAUAAAAAUUAUCCCUUGGCAAAGUCAGUUCAGUCAACUCAAGAUUAGAAGGUAAUAAAUUAUCCAAUUCACCCAAUACCAAGACCUUUACCUUAAAGUCCACAGGGAGACGUUCCCGGCUCCUUGUCUAAAUUGAUCUAUAUUCUACAUUAUGAAAACAAAAGGCGAGCGAUCGCAUUAUACUUUAUUUUUAGCCUUCCACCGCAGACUUUCACGCGUUCGUAAGUCAAAGGAGAAAUGUAUCAAAAGUCAAAUCAUCCUCUGUUGCUGAGAAAAAUAAUGAAAUCGCAAAUUGUUUAUUCCCAAGGUAUAUGAAAUAUCUUUAUCCUUAUGAAUGUUCCAAGAAGAAGCUAUCUACCCCAGCCGAGCUUCAAGCAGCCAUUGACGGCAACAGACGAGAUAGCCGAAGAUCAUUCGGUUCAUUCCUGUCGCAGACCGUGCCUUCAGAUGGUGGACGCCCGUACAGCAGUCCGAGUCCCACUACCACUCCUCCCGCAUUUACUACAAGCAGUUCCCCGGGAAUAUCUCGUCGAUCGAGCCCGGGUCCUGGUAGUGCUGCUUCCUCAUCAAACCAUGAAGUAAGUUUAUUUCAGGCGUUCAGAUAGUAUGGGCGUUGCAAAGAGAACUCUGUUUCUCAUUUAAUUUCGCACCGCUCCCCGGCUACCCGAAAGCCUUGAGUAGGUUGGGAACGUUGCAUUUCACUUAAGGUUUUUUGUUUGGAAAAUUCAGUUCACAAAAGAAGACCAAAAGAAGGCUGACUCAAGAAACUGUUAUUCUCACAUACGUAAAAGUUACACAUAAUAAUUAUAUACAUUUCGAGGCCAUACAUCAGUUCAAGCAUUAUUAAAUUGUAACACGCGCUUAGUAAUUGCUUGAUUGAAAACUCAAGAGGUUUCAGGGACUGUUGAUAACCAAGGAGCAAUUUUCAAUUGUAGAUUUAUGCUCAAUGUAAUUUUUAGCCCGCAAAGAAGCUCUCUGAGGGCUCCGGAGUUGGGGAGAAAAAGGGGAUACGUGACUGCAAGCUCUCGUUUUCUCCCGUCCACCAACCCAAAGCCCUCAAGGGAGCUUGCUCGCAGGCUAUCUAAUUAUUAUUGUUGCCCCUUUCGUGCUUAGGAAAAGAAACGACUGCUACGCAGGCCACAAAACCACAGUCUGCUUACAGUCUCUGUUCUUUUAAAGGUGCAUGUACCUCCGUCGGUCCAUGGCAACAACGGCGUUACGUUACUUCAUUCUCCAGGCGUUGUCCAGUACAGCCCUAAACGUUCCUUGAGCGCGACCGAUGUAGCGUCGCGCGGAGUAUCUUCACCGCCGUCAGAUGUAUCACCUUCUGGCUCACCAGUCAAGAAAUUCGCUGCCAGCAACGAACACAAUAAUAAACGAACGCCGAACCAACUACCAUGGACGCAUAUCAAGAUACAAACUCAACCUAAAGGUAACAAGUUAAGGAUUGCCAGCACUAAGUUGUCUAUCGGGGAAUCAUAAAAUUCGCAAAUGUGGCUGAAAAUGUGCGUAUAGUAAAAUAUAGAUUUAACCAGGGCUAAAAGCGAAGCCUCCGGGGCUGCCUCUGUCAGGGGAAUGCCCGGGUGUCCCAUGAGUAUCAGACUGUUAAAGCAGUAAGAUAGAAUGCUGUCGAAAGACUAGAAUCACGUUAACUUUGAAAGGGUAUGGGACAAAGAGAGGUCUAAAAAGCGCGAGCAGAUAGUGAGGGGAGCCUGCGCAAAGGCUAGAAGAGUGCGGCACGACUCAAGUAUUGCCUCAAGGCGUGGAAGAACAUAUUUCAUGGGGGCUGAGCUGGUCAUUAGUCUCUGCUAGCUAACUGCUGACAAGGGCACUCGUACAGAGUCUUAACUAUCAUGUUUGUGAUCUACUCUUGUGCCAAAGUAAACAUUUCAUCUUUCUCUGAGUUAGCCUGAGAAAGCGUUUCGCGGGGAUACCAGUGGUCUCGGUGAAGUCGCAGAAUUUCGGAUUUUUUCACUCAGGCUAUCUCAGAAUUGAAGGUGGUUGAAUGUGUAAUUCGCUCAAUCCAAGUACACUGUAACUACUUCCCCUCCUCAGACUGUGAACCCUCUUGCCUUUUUCCUUCCAGGUAUGGCUCAAAGCGGACAGUUUCAGUUUCCUGACAUGGAUCGGUCAUCACGGAGCCGCGAGCAGAGGCAAUUACCGCUGACCUUGCUGGAUCAAGUGAGCGACAACUCAUUACUGGUGUCUGUAGAACUCAAUGGUGUUGUUUACCAAGGUGUCUUAUUCGCAAGGCCAAAUCGCCCAGAUUCGCCAAAAAGUAACGAAGAAUACUAACAAUUUAUUUCUAGUCGCCUAAUUAAUAUAAGCCUAAGAAUUUCGUCCACCCCUGAUGUAUAUUGCUUUAUGAAUGCAAUCUAAUUUGUGGUUCUUUUACGUGUACAGUUCCUUUUGAAUCGUCACGCAUUCCUUUGAUCAGUCUUGUGACUGAGACGUCUCACUUAAUUACACUUAGCAGUAAGGAUGGCGUAAGUUACUUGCGUAAAAAUGAGCUCAAAUUUGCAAUGCUUCUGACUGAAUUUAUAAUCUUUGGUACAGUCAAGUCCAUUUACCGUAAUCUCUCUAAUUAGCCCUCCUCACCUUGAAAACCCCGUCACUAUUGAUCUCGCUCCCCCCCCUCCCCCCUCUUGUUUUUUUCAACCAAGGCCCGAUAAUCAGUGAUUACCAUGCCAUGAUUACUAUUUGGGUACACAGCCAAGUGGUGUAAACAAAAUUCAUUGAAAACAGCAGUGCCUGUAAUUAUUAUUUGCGCAAACCCAUAGGUUUGAUGCAAGACAACUGACUGAUAAAACGAGUUUGGACCAUUUAGCUCAGGAGGACGGCAAUUCGCAAAGAAUGCUACUUGUAAGCUUCUGGAGUAAAAUAAAUUACAAUAAUUACGCGUUGCCACUCCGGUUGAAUUUAAGGUUCCCUUCUCCCCUAAAAAGCCAACCCCUAAAAAAUGUCUGUAAAAAAUUAGCUGAGAGGGACGGGGGGUGGGGGAGGAUUGUUAGAGACAUUACGGUAUUGUCUUAAAAGCCUAUACUGACUGUAUACUAAACUUGCGUGCUUUGCAGAAAGCGUUUGGUUUUUUUUACCCAUACUCUUGCCAGUGAAGAUUAUAUUCUACGAGAACGUUUCCUACUAAAGUGAAUUCAAACUUGUCUAUUUUUCGAAACAAAUCGAAUAUCUUUGCUUGAUUGUAUUUGAAAAUGUUGUUGAUUUUAGCUGUUAGCUACCCUGAUAUUUAAGUGUUUUGAGACAAAACGUGAGGUUGUAAUAUCUGGUUGAAGAUAUUUUGUCCGUGUUAAUCACGGAAUCUUAGAUAACAUUGAUUUCUCACAAAUCGGAAGAAAGUACGUCACAUUUUGACCUAUUUUAUACUGCAUCCUUAAAAUAAUGUUACGAUUUGCCUUUUAACUGAAUAUAAUAUGUUUACCUAAAUUGUAAAUCGUUUAUCCAUAAUAUCGUAAAUUCAAUUCUCAGCCAUUACAAUUACUGUUAUUAGAAAAUCCAUGCACUGACAUACAUAUUUCUGUAAAUACUGGAACAUGUUUCAAUUCGGCUAUAAUAUUUUCUUACCUGUCAAAAAAACUCCUUUGAAAAGUUUGCUAUCAUCUGGUUAAAUGUUCUGUUAAUAUUUUUCCCCAAACGAAACAAAAUAUAAACGUAAGUAUUUAAAUAAUUUUCUGCGUGUACAAACUUUAAUCUUUUUUGUCCGAAGUGUGGGAUUUUUUUUUGCUCCUGAUGUAUAUAUUGGCAGAGGUUGGGCCUUUGGUCACUUUACUCAGUACCGUAGUUUUGUUGUGAUUACGUAGAGACUGUUCCAAGCGUUCAGAGAGUUGAGUGUGCGGCCAAAGCAGAGAGAGAUCAAAAAUAAGGCGGGGGAAGGAGAGAAUCAACGUUGUCUCGCUUUCACUCCUUACCCCACUCCUCGCUGUUUUUCCUGCUCACCUCUCUUUGAGCCAUUCCCACAAUCUAAACACCUGGGCCGGGUUGUUCAAAGCUGGGUUAAGAUAACCCUGGGUUAGUGCGAAAUUUGAAUUCAGAUAUGAAAGCUUAAAAAGUAAAUUCAGUUUAAUUCUUUUUGUCAACAAGUUGAUGAUUGGAUGCUUUUAAAAAUAACAGAGAAAUUAUCCGAAAAAAAGCUUUUGAACAGAAGAAAAAGAAACCCGGGUUUCAUUUAACCCUGGGUUAAGCGCUAAUCUACCUUCGAACAACUGGGCCCUGACGUACAGCAAUUUGUACGCAGCCUGUGUACAGAACCCCCCUCCUCUCAAGAAAAAUCGGAGAGGGACGGGGGGAGGUCUGUACAGAGGCUAUUUAUACGCACUGCUUGCCUUUUGAGGUAAAUGUAGAGCUCUGAACGCCCCCGUCUUAUCCGUUAGUUGACCUAGUCUCCAAAUAACAGUAUACUCAUUGGCACUGGUAGGUGUAGUCUUCCAUCAUACAUGUAGUUAGAAGUUUUUCUUAUUUUAUCACUGAGAAACCAUCCAACGAUUUAUCUUAGGCAACAGUAUGUAGGUUAUAUUAGUCAAAGUAGUGGGUUUUCGUGGAAAUGGAACCGAACAUCAUCUGUUUGUUGGUUUGUUUGUUUUCAUUUGAAAUAACUGUUUUUAAAAAUAAGAAGAUCCCGUAAGGUUGUCUGUCGUGUGUUACUCGGCAACGAACAGCUGAAAAAACAUCACGCGGGUUCAGAAACCUAUUGAAGACAACCGCUUUUCCCCUUAGUGUGAUAGAAAGAGUUAACUGAAUGAACAGACAGUCUUUAGGGUAAACAUCCUGAAAAUAUUAUUCAAGCCUUUUUUUAUCGUACCCCAAAGGCUCCUCGUUUUGUUAAUUUUAACGUUAAGCACUAAUGCGGUGUUUUUUAAUACAUACUGAAUGCAUUGCUUUGUGAAUAUUUUUGUAACCGAGUCAAAAUUAUGUAAAUGUCACUUCUACAAAUAAAUUCAAG